AUGAGGUUAUCAUGUUCUGUGAAACGUAUAAGCCCCAAUAUUCCCCGUCGAGAUCCUAGAAUUUAUCAUCCAGGAAGUCCCGUUGGAGGAGUGCUCACCGAUUUUGCUCACGAAUCGACGCUCGCAACGAAUCAAGAGAAUGCUGCGCUCGUGCGCAAGUUGUCGAUUGACUGGACACACCACCGCGUUCUCGGAAACCUCUUCCGACUCCUACGACACGCUCUCGAGCAACUGACAUCGUUGCAUACACUCUCCGUGGAGCUCUCCCCGGACGACAACCACUUCAACCUCGCGUGGAUCUUUCCUGAGCGCACGUUCUCGUUACGCACACUCUCGACGUCCGUGCGCUGUGAUGCGCCUCUCGCGCGUUUCCUCGAAACACAGCCGCGCAUCUCUGAACUCUCCCUCCGCGGCUUCCAGACGUCGCAGCCCUUCAAUCUCAAUCCGUCCGCAUUACCCAUGCUCACCUCCUUCCGCGUCGUACACGCGGGGACUCCUGUGCUCUCUGUAGUACUCAAAGACCGCCCAAUCGAGGGUGUCUCGUUGUCGCUUUUCCCGGACGAUGGCUUCUUACCGCUUGACACGCUCCGCCUCCCGAGUCGUCCCAUCAAGCGACUCACAAUCAUGUCCCUCGACAGUACUCCUCCGAACGUCCUCAUCCCUGAGGUGUCCGUUCGCCUACCCAGACUUGAGGCCCUGCACGUGGUCGUGCUCAUGGCGCAGUAUGACUACCCAAUGUUGCAGAACUCGGGGCCGCUGCUGUCCCACUUCUCUGAGCUGAGGUACCUGACGUUCAUGUCGGCCGUCACAGCCACGCUCGAUGACGAACAGGAGAUCGCAAAGCUAUGGCACAAGGCGUGCCCGACGCUGAAGACGAUCAUACUCCCUCGGGGGAAAGUCUGGUUUGAGCGCGAGGGCAAGUGGACUUGUUGUGGGUAG